AUGCUGGCCCAGUCCCUCCCGCUCAUCAGUCAGCCCGCGGCGGCAGCCAAGGGGUACCUGGGAGGGCCGGAGUGCGACAUUGCGGUGCUGGACACCGGUGCGGAUUUCACGGUGCCUGAGCUGGGCGCCUGCAAGGCCGCCGGCGACCCCGGCUGCCGCGUGGUGUACGCCGCCGACAUGACGGCCGUCAACGACGGCGUGCGCGACGACUCGAGCCUCCACGGGACGAAUGUGGCAUCGAUAGCCGCGUCUGUUGCGCCCCGCUCGCGGAUCAUCGCACUGGACAUCUUCGACAAGGAUGGUUUCACCUACGACUCCAUCGUCGUGAACGCUAUCAACUGGCUAAUCGAGUCCAAGCGCAACGGCGCGUUCCCCAACACAUGCGUCAUCAACCUCAGCCUGGGGGACGACGGCGUCUGGCCCACCCCCUGCGGCCUCACCUCCACCGAAGCCGUUUACGAGGCUGCGUUCUCCGAGGCGCGCGCCGCCGGCAUGCUGCCCGUCGUUGCUGCGGGCAACGCGGGCACGACGGCCGGGCUGGCGUCGCCGGCAUGCGCACCCUAUAUGUCCCUCUAUGCCCCGGGCGCCCUCAUCACCGCGGGCGGCAAGACCUACGGCGGCACCAGCCAGGCCACGCCGCACGUCGCCGGUGCGGUGGCGGUCCUCAAGGCCGCGGUGCCCUCCGCAACCUUGGACCAGAUCGUGACUGCGCUUCGAGAGACCGGCAAGCCCAUCCGCGUCCCCAGGCAGACGUACGUCAAGCCACGCCUCAACCUGGAGGCCGCGGUCGAGUUCCUCAAGGGGACCCCGCUGCCACGUGACACGGACCCGCCCUCAGACGCCACGUUGACGCUGACUCCCGUGAUCGGCGCCGACGGGGAAGCAGCAACGCUCCAGGUCCUCGCGCAGCUGACGUCGGCCGACCCCAGCGGCAUCGCCAUCGCAUGCCUAAGCAAUGCGCCGCUGGCCAGCUCGGAGGCCUGCAGCCCCUACAGGCCCUACACGGCCGCCGGGCUCACUUGGACGCUCGCCGACGGCGCUGAUGGCAGCCGCACUGUCUACGCGUGGGCGGCCGACGCAGCGGGCAACUUUGCGCCGUCGCCGGCGACCGCGUCAAUCAGCGUCAAGCGCACGCCCCGGCUCGAGAUCCUCGCCGGCGAUUCCAAUGUCACUCGUUGGAGGAAUCUGACCCUGUCGGUGAUGGUGCCUGCGGCGUCAUCCACCACUGAGAUGUGCAUCACGGACCGCGACUCCGCGAAAUCAGCUGCCGACUGCAAGGCCUCGCAGUGGGCGCCCUACUCCCCGAUCUACAACUUCAAGUUCAGCUCAGGCCGCCAAGGCGUGAAGGCUCUGAAGCUAUUCAUCCGCGACAAGCCGGCCGUCGGCGCCGUCACUGCUGCCGUUGUCGCACGUGUGGAGGCCGGGGCGGCGUCCAUCCUUUUCGACUCUGCGGCGCCGUCGAUGCCGGGAACGGUCAAGCUGAAGGCCAACGCGACGAGUAGCUCCAUCGCCGUGUCGUUUGUGCCGGCCGCCAGAGAUGUUGGGACAGGAAUCGCGUCCUACCUGCUCGUCAUGCGCGAGGGGUCCCGGCCGCCCAGCCGCUGCAGCACCUUUGACGCGUCGCCAAGCUCGAGCACAUCGUCCACAUUCCUCCGGCCGCCCGGCGGCUGGGUUGCCGGCGCGGUGCUCGAGCGGGUCUUUGAGGGUUUGCCGCCCAGGACGCGGUUCGGAUUCCGUGUGUGCGCAGUUGAUGGGGCUGGCAAUAUUGCCACAGGCCGCGUCAAAUAUGCGUCGACCAGCAAAGCUCUAUAA